AUGGAAACACUGGAGUCGGAACUGACCUGCCCUAUCUGUCUGGAGCUGUUUGAAGACCCGCUGCUGCUGCCUUGCGCUCACAGCCUCUGCUUCAACUGCGCACACCGCAUCCUGGUCUCCCACUGCGCCACCAACGAGCCAGUGGAGUCUAUCACCGCCUUCCAGUGCCCGACCUGCCGCUAUGUCAUCACCCUCAGCCAGCGCGGUCUAGACGGGCUCAAGCGCAACGUCACCCUGCAGAACAUCAUCGACAGGUUUCAGAAAGCCUCGGUCAGCGGGCCUAAUUCCCCCAGCGAGACCCGCCGGGAGCGGGCGUUCGAUAGCAACAGCAUGUCGUCCUGCGAGAAGGUCCUCUGCCAGUUCUGCGACCAGGACCCUGCCCAGGAGGCGGUGAAAACCUGCGUUACCUGCGAGGUGUCCUACUGCGAGGAGUGCCUGAAAGCCACUCACCCCAAUAAGAAGCCGUUCACCGGCCACCGUCUCAUCGAGCCCAUCCCGGACUCUCACAUUAGGGGAUUAAUGUGCUUGGAGCAUGAGGAUGAGAAAGUUAACAUGUACUGUGUGACCGAUGACCAGUUGAUCUGUGCCUUGUGUAAACUGGUCGGGCGACACCGUGACCAUCAGGUGGCAGCUUUAAGCGAGCGCUAUGACAAGCUAAAGCAAAAUUUGGAAAGUAACCUCACCAACCUUAUUAAGAGGAACACUGAACUGGAAACUCUUUUGGCGAAACUCAUUCAGACCUGUCAACAUGUAGAAGUAAAUGCAUCCCGCCAGGAAACCAAGCUGAUGGAAGAAUGUGACCAGCUCAUUGAAAUAAUCCAGCAAAGACGACAAAUAAUUGGAACCAAAAUCAAGGAAGGAAAGGUGGUGAGGUUGAGAAAACUGGCGCAGCAGAUUGCAAACUGCAAACAGUGCAUUGAGCGCUCGACAUCCCUCAUCUCUCAGGCUGAACAGUCGCUGAAGGAGAACGAUCACGCUCGCUUCCUACAAACUGCUAAAAAUAUCACUGAAAGGGUUUCCAUGGCAACUGCAUCCUCCCAGGUUCUAAUUCCUGAAAUUAAUCUCAACGAUACUUUCGAUACUUUCGCACUUGAUUUUACUAGGGAGAAGAAAUUGUUGGAAUGCCUUGAUUACCUUACAGCUCCCAACCCACCCACCAUUCGAGAAGAGCUCUGCACAGCUUCUUAUGAUACCAUUACUGUCCACUGGACGUCGGAUGAUGAGUUCAGUGUGGUGUCGUACGAGCUGCAGUACACCAUCUUCACUGGGCAAGCUAAUGUUGUUAGUUUAUGCAACUCAGCCGACAGCUGGAUGAUUGUUCCCAAUAUCAAACAAAACCACUACACCGUGCACGGGUUACAGAGUGGCACUAAGUACAUCUUCAUUGUUAAGGCCAUUAAUCAGGCGGGCAGCAGAAGCAGCGAGCCUGGCAAGCUCAAGACAAACAGUCAGCCAUUUAAACUGGACCCCAAAUCUGCUCAUAGAAAAUUGAAAGUGUCUCAUGAUAACUUGACAGUGGAACGUGAUGAAACAUCCUCCAAAAAGAGUCACACGCCAGAGCGAUUCACUAGCCAGGGGAGCUACGGAGUAGCUGGCAACGUGUUCAUUGACAGCGGGCGGCAUUACUGGGAAGUGGUUAUAAGCGGGAGCACGUGGUAUGCCAUUGGUAUUUCCUACAAGUCAGCGCCAAAGCACGAGUGGAUCGGGAAGAAUUCUGCCUCCUGGGUGCUUUGCCGCUGCAAUAACACAUGGGUGGUGCGGCACAACAGCAAAGAAAUCCCCAUCGAGCCCGCACCUCACCUCCGGCGGGUUGGGAUUUUGCUGGACUAUGACAACGGCUCCCUUGCUUUUUACGAUGCUUUGAACUCCCUUCACCUUUACACUUUUGACAUUACAUUUGGGCAGCCGGUGUGCCCCACGUUCACUGUGUGGAAUAAGUGUUUGACCAUUAUAACUGGCUUGCCUAUUCCUGACCACCUAGACUCUUCCGAGCAGCUUGCAUGA